GGCUCCAGCAUCCAAACAGCUACUAGGUAGAGAAGCAAAAGAAUAUAUAUCGAUCUAUUCAUCCUUUAUCCGUCAUCCAUCAAGACACCAAAAUGAACACCAGCAGCUCACAUAGAAACAUGCAUCUGUCUUCCAUUCUGCUCUUCGGCCUCCUCCUCAUCUUAAACCUGCCGUUGUCCAGUGCAUAUCCCAUCAGCAGUGGCUUGAGUGAUGCUGAUAUGGGCACCUUAAAAAUGCUUCUUCAUAGACUGGAGGAGUCAAUUUCAGAGCAGCCUACAAUGGACCAGAGAAAUCCUGCAGACGAGGACAGUCUGGAUGGACUGAGCAAAGAGAAUGCAGCAGAUAGACAUAAUCCACAACCUCAACUGAACGAGGCAGUCAUCAGGGAGUUUCUGUCAGUCAAGAACUUGAAGAGCCUCGGAAAGGACUCAUCCAGGAGAUCUUCUGGCUGCUUCGGGCGACGGAUGGACAGAAUAGACUCCAUGAGCUCUUUGGGGUGCAACAUUGUUGGCAGGAACAGUAAGUUCCACUAA